CAUGCAGAGGGCCCCGGUGCUGCUCUUCCUGGCCUGGACCUGCUUCCUCUUCUUCGCGGCCCUCGGGCUCUUCACCAGCGGCUUCCUCCUCAUGCGGGUGGAGCUGGCCAACCGCAGUUCCUGCCUGGACCCGCCGGCCGGCUCCUCCUCCUCCUCCUCCUCCUCCUCGCAGGGUGCUGGAGACCCCCUCGGCGCCUGCUGGCUUCCGCGGCCCUACGAGAACAAGCUGCCGUUCCUGCACCAGCUGGCCGGCCGGCAGCCCCGCCACGGCCGCCUGUACCGCUUCCGGGCCGACCCGCCCACCACCACCAUGCAGCGCAUCAAGGGCAUCACCACGGGCUCCCUGCCCACCUUCAUCGACGCCGGCAGCAACUUCGCCUCUUACGCCAUCCAGGAAGACAACCUGGUUUGGCAGCUGGCACAGAACGGAAGGAGGGUGGUCUUCAUGGGAGACGACACCUGGGACGGACUCUUCCCCCGAGCCUUCUUCCGCUCAUACUUCUUCCCUUCGUUCAACGUGAAGGAUCUCCACACGGUGGAUGAUGGCAUCUUGCAGCAUCUGUAUCAGACAGUGGAAGGCAGCCAGUGGGACCUGCUAAUUGCCCACUUUUUAGGCGUGGAUCACUGUGGUCAUAAGCAUGGGCCGGACCACCCUGAAAUGGCCAAGAAGCUCUCCCAGAUGGAUGCCAUGCUCAGGUCACUGGUUGACCACCUGGCGAAUGACACGCUGCUCCUGGUGGCAGGGGACCACGGCAUGACCGGGACCGGGGACCACGGUGGGGACAGUGAAGAGGAGGUCAACGCGGCUCUCUUUGUGUACAGCAAGGCGCCCUUGUUCCAGAGCCCCCCACCCGAGGAGCCAGAAACCGUCCCGCAGGUGAACCUGGUCCCCACGCUGGCCCUCCUGCUGGGCGUCCCUGUGCCUUACAACAACAUUGGGGAAGUGAUGGCCGAACUGUUUGCGGUUGAGGGAGACAGAGCUGCCUCCACCCUGGCCCAGCUGGCAGCCUACCGCCUCAACGCCUGGCAGGUGGACCGCUUCCUGCACUCCUACUCCCGGGUGGCCCAAGACAUCUCGGCAGAGAAGCUGCAGCGGCUCCGGGACCUCUUCGCGACCGCCGUGGAGGAGCAUGAGCGGCUCCUGGCCCAGGCAGCCUCUCCGGGGCUUCCUCAGCUGGAGACUCUCCGAAGCCGCUUCCAGCAGUACCUCCAGGAGGCACGGGCCGUCUGCGCCGAGUCCUGGGCCCGCUUCCACCCGGUCCGCAUGGUCGCUGGCUGUGGCCUCCUGGGCUCCGCCUGCCUGCUCUGCUGGCUGGCCUGCCGGGCGGCUGCCGGACUGAACUUUUCCUACCGCCACCUCCUGGCCUACCCUCUGCUCUCGGGGGCAGCCGGAGCGGCUCUCCUGGGGUUUGCACACCUCUCCGGGUGGGCCAGAGUGGACCUCCUCCUGCUCUCUUCCUGGGCAGCUGCGGCCUCCCAGUUGGGGUUCUUCUGGCAGUGCUGGGCCAGGCGAGAGUCCCAGAGAGCCUCCACGGGCGGCGCCCACCCUCCGUUUGCGGGACCCAGCCUGAGUGAAAGGCGGCGGGCAUGGCUAGGGCCGGCUCUGCCCUUCGGCCUGCUGUUCCUGCGCUGUGGUGCCAUGCUGUCCGACAGCUUUGUGAUGGCCGAGGCCCAGGUGGCCCCCUUCCUGCUAGUCUCGCUGGCGCUGGCGCUGGUGCUGAGGCUGCACUGGCAGGGCGCUCUGGAAGGCUCGCCCCUUGGCUUGCCGGUGCUCGGGCUGCUAGGGGUCGUCCUGGCGUGCGCGCGCCUCUCUGGGCUUUUCCGGCAGUGUCGCGAGGAGACGCCCGGCUGCCAGUCCUCCUCGCUCCUGGCCCCGCUCUCCAGCCUGCAGGAGCCCCAGGCGAAGAACCUCCAGUACCUCCUCUGCUUGGCGGGGCUGGCCGGGCUGGUGGGGGCCGUGCAGGGCUGGCUGCGCCACUACGGCAACCUCAACCGCCCCAGCGCCCCCGUCCUCUUUGUCCGCUGGGGGUUCCCCCUGCUGGCCCUCUGGAUCGGCGGCUACUGGGCCGUGACCUCGGGGGCCGAGGAGGCGCUGGCCAAGCUGCGCGUGUGGGUGCAGCUGGCGCUGGUGGCCUUCCCCCGGGGGGUCUUUGGCCUGGUCGGGGCGGGCCUCCUCCUCCUCCUCUGGGACCCGGUGACCGUCUUGGUGAGGGACAGCCGGGAGCCGGCGGGGGCCGACCCCCCGCUCGCCUCCCCCAGCUCCGAGGCCGAGCUCCUCCUGGUCAUCCCUCAGCUCUACCGCCGGAUGCAGGAGUCCCUGAGGAGCCGCCUGGAGGAGGCCAAGCCGGGAGGCGGGCCCACGGUGGCGGCGUACGGGCUGGGCAGCGUCUACUCGGCGGCCCUGCUCAUCGGCCUGGCCCUGCUGGCCUUCCUGCUCCUGACGCUGCACCACGAGCGCCUCAGCCUGGCCUUCCUGCUCCUCUUCCUCCAGGCCUUCGCCCUGCUCUGGAUCCUCGCCGCCACCUUCUCCUCCGGCUCUGCACAGGCGGAUCCCUUCGUGGUGCCCUGGGAGGCUCCCGUGGCCUGGGCCCUGGCGGCCGCCCAGUUUUUCUAUGCCACAGGCCACCAGCCCGUCUUCCCCACCAUCCACUGGAACGCGGCCUUUGUGGGCUUCCAAGAGGGUCACACCGGCAACGUCCUCCCGGCCCUGCUGGUUGGGGCCAACACCUUUGCCUCCCAGAUCCUCUUCGCGGCCGGCUGCCCUUUGCUUCUGCUGUGGCCAUUUGUCUGUGAGACGCUCCCUGGCGCCAAGGGCAGGAGGCCCAAAGGGGAGACUCACAGCAGGGAGGAGCAGAUGAUGGAGAUGCGGCUCCGGGAAGCCCCAGAGAAGUUCUCAGCGGCGCUGCUGCAGUUGGGACUCAAGUACCUCCUUGUCCUUGGAGCCCAGCUUCUGGCUUGUGUCCUGGCAGCCAUUAUCCUCAGGAGACAUCUUAUGGUUUGGAAAGUCUUUGCCCCAAAGUUCCUCUUUGAAGCCCUGGGCUUUGUGGUGAGCAGCCUCUUCCUCCUGCUGGGCAUCGGCCUCGUGCUGCGGGUGGACUGCGCCGUCAGCGCCUGGUUCAAGAGGGUCAUCCUUGCUCAGUCCAGGUAGUGCCGGAGCAGGAAGGGAGCCGAGGAGAAGCUGGCCUCCAGGGAACUGCGGAGCGACCCGCUGGCCCUUCCCAUUUGGACCCGAGUCUCUUCCAUCCCGUGUUCUGGACCCGAUGCUUCUCCCGCCUGCUCUCAAGCAGGGGCUGCCCCGCGAGCUCUUCUGCCUUGCAGGGAAAGCUUUUAUGGAGCCAGCCGGUGACCGUGACCUCACCUGCCACCUGGGAAAAGUCUGUGGAUCUCCUGUGAAACAGCCCCUCAGGCCUUUCUGGGCCCAGCAGGAAGCUUGCCUGGAUGUGGGAAGAGCGCACAGGGCAAAUCCCUACUCUCAAGUAGAAGCAGGGAGAGGGUGCAGGAGAUCUUGCUGGGCGUUGGAUCUCAGGACUGCCCUUCCCUCCCUCUGGUGGGUGACUUUUCAGGACUACCUCCUUUAUGAGUCUGAAAGUUUGAGCCGCCACCGCAGAUGUGUGUGGGAAGGGAACAGCCGUGCCUGGAGAGGAGAGGAUGAGAGAAGAGGCCCAACUGUAGGUCAGCAAAGCCAUCUGUGUGCCCGUGGCUGGUCAAUUGGGCAGGCCACAGGGAGAACUGAUGGCCUGGCCUGCUAGUAGGCAACUAAAACUCCGCCCUCUUGCACCUAUUUUGGGUUUUAGAACUCUAUCCUUGGCUUUUUGCAAUGAAAGCUCGGCAUGCCAGGUUUCCUGGGUGGGUGGAUUGGUGCCUGCCUGACAAAGUGGACAAGAUGCAUCUCUGCCAGCCCUUAGCUGCUCCAGCAGGUUUGAGACUGCAGAGGUCGGGUGAGGUCUUUACAUUCCUUUUUUUGGGGGGGGGGUGCAUUUGUGCAUGUGCACAUGGGGGGUGAGAUUGAAAAUAGUAGGGUUGUAUGAAACAAAGGCAAAUGAAAAGGGCCCUUUAUCAAAGAACUCUCAAAGCAAUAUACAAACACCUUUUUGUUAAAACUACUGCUCUCUUUUACAUGAAACCACAAUAAACUCUUUCUACAAGAAUAAUAAAUACACAUGAAAGUUAUUUCAAAAUAGUGUGUUUAUGAUGAUCUUAUAACUACAUAUUAAAGGCCUCUGACAGGAAAAAAGAGGCUCCAAUUUCAUAUUAAUACAGAGAAAUCCAUUUUAUCAUAGCAGCUCAUGA